AUCUUAUUAUUACUUUUUUGAAAAUGAUAAUACAAAGCCUUCUGGUCUCUCUACUUACAUGACUAAUAAAAGACCUCAAUUAAAUAUAAAGCUUAUUUCUCAUGAUGCUAUUAUUCUCUGUUUGCAUUAUAGUAUUGAUAUUUGCAACUGGUGGACUAUACAGAGUAAGAAAGACUUAAAAAAGAAAGUGUAUCUUUAUUCGAUACAUGCUGGGUGGCAGACUGUUUUGGAAAUAAACAAUAAAAACUUUUAUACUCAAGUUUUAAAAGGCAAUGAAAAACAUGAACAUUAUCCUGACUAUAGAUGUCAAGUUAAACUAAAAUUUAGUAAUAUUGAAGAGGCAUCUAGUUUUGAAAUUAUAUCUUUAUACAAACAUGUUUGUCAAAAUAAUAAUACAAAAUUUUCUGGCCCACAAGUUUUAGGAUGUUCUAGUAUUAGUAAUACUGAUAAAAUCAAGGCUGAAGUUGAAUACACAGCAAUGCUUACUGGUAAACAUUUAGGAAAAUGUACAAUAUAUAUUCAACAAAUUGAUCUAGAUGAAUAUCAUAUAGAAAUUUAUCAAGAUGGUGUUUCUAAAUAUUAUUAUACUAGUAUAAUCCCAAAUAAAGUUUGA